AAUUACUUAUUAAGAGGUUUAACAGCGUUUCAGAAUUUAUACUAAAUCUUUCAUCUUUGUUUGGUAAUGUGUUGUCUUCGUCUUAUAUGUGUUGAUGGUUGCGUGUGUGACGUUAAUUGUGAAUUGAAUCUACAGUCAAUUAAAUUUGUUUACAAUUAAUAGUAACAAUAAUAGUAUUAAUCAAGUUUAACAGAUGUGGUACAAAAAAAGGCAGAUUUAAUAUGCCACUCGCAAAUAGCACAGAGCCAUGGCAAAUGCAUCAUGCAGACACAGAACGUUUGGAGUUUCGAGAUCCAUAAGAAUCGUUUCUUCUGCUGAUGGUGAUGAAGGCGCCUGUGGAGGGGCUGAAGACAACCAAGGGAAUGGGGAAAAGGAACAUGAAAUUGAGUUGGGAGAGAUUGUUCGGGAGGGUCACGAUAAAGCCGAUCCUUCUCAGUUUGAACUCCUCAAAGUUUUGGGAGAGGGUUCUUUCGGAAAGGUAUUUCUGGUGCGUAAGGUUUAUGGAAGAGACGCCGGGACUUUGUAUGCUAUGAAGGUCCUGAAAAAGGCAACCCUUAAGGUUCGUGAUAGAUACAGAACUAAAAUGGAAAGAAACAUAUUGGCAGAUGUGGGGCACCCCUUCAUAGUUAAAUUGCACUAUGCUUUUCAAACUGCUGGCAAACUGUACCUGAUACUCGAUUUCCUUAGAGGAGGAGAUUUAUUUUCCAGGCUUAGCAAAGAGGUAAUGUUUACUGAAGAGGAUGUAAAGUUUUAUUUGGCAGAAUUGGCUUUGGCUCUGCACCAUUUGCACUCUCUGGGGAUAAUUUAUCGCGAUCUGAAGCCAGAAAAUGUUCUCUUGGAUUCAGAAGGUCACAUAGCACUCACAGAUUUUGGCCUGUCCAAGUUACCAGUUGAAGAGGGACAAACUUACAGUUUCUGUGGAACAGUCGAAUAUAUGGCCCCUGAGGUGGUGAAUCGCAAAGGCCAUUCGUUUUCGGCAGACUGGUGGUCAUUCGGGGUUCUAAUGUAUGAGAUGUUGACGGGAGGGCUACCAUUCCAAGGAGCAAACAGGAAAGACACGAUGACAUUGAUUUUAAAGGCCAAACUAGGAAUGCCAGCUAAUUUAAGUCCUGAAGCACAAAGCCUUUUAAGGGCCCUGUUCAAAAGAAACCCUGCAAACAGGUUGGGAGCAGGUGCAGGAGGGAUCGAUGAUUUAAAGAGACAUGAAUUCUUUGCUACAAUAGACUGGGAUGCGUUGUUGGGGAAAAAGAUAAGGCCCCCAUUUAAACCGGCUGUUUUAGGACCAGACGAAGCCUAUUACUUCGACUCCGAGUUUACCAGUAAGACUCCAAGGGACUCCCCGGGGGUCCCUGCAAGUGCCAAUGCUCAUGAGCUAUUUAGAGGAUUUAGUUUUGUUGCUCCUUGUCUUCUUGAAGAGGGAACUGCUACACGUGAGACUCCAUACAAGUCUGUUCGAACAAGUGCCAAUAGUUUUAAUGAAGAAUACGAACUGCUCGGUGUUCUGGGUACUGGUAGUUACAGCGUCUGCAGACACGCCAGGCACAGGGCUACAGGUCAACAGUACGCUGUUAAGAUAAUAGAUAGAAGUAGUUGCGAUUGUAGGGAAGAAGUCGAGAUUUUACUAAGAUAUGGCCAGCAUCCUGGUAUAGUCUCUUUGAAAGGUGUCUAUGAAGAAUCAGGGAAAGUUUAUUUAGUCCUGCAGCUCUUAAAGGGAGGAGAUUUGCUCGAAUACAUCAUGAAGAGGGAAUUUUUGACGGAACCUGAGGCUGCUGCGAUUUUGAAAACGUUGGCUACAACUGUGGCUUAUCUUCACGAAAGUGGGGUAGUACAUCGUGACCUGAAACCUUCCAACAUCCUUUUUGCCUCUGAAAAUCGUGUUCCAGAAAGCGUUACAAUCUGUGAUAUGGGAUUCGCAAAACAGCUAAGGGCAGAUAAUGGUCUUUUAAUGACUCCCUGUUAUACGGCCAAUUAUGUUGCCCCUGAAGUACUGAAGCGACAGGGCUACGACGCGGCCUGUGACAUCUGGUCAUUGGGGGUCAUACUCUAUAUAAUGCUGUCGGGACGUUGCCCCUUUUCUACGGCUCCUAAAGACAGCCCCCAACAAAUCUUGCAGAGGAUAAGCUCUGGAAGACUCGACUUUACAGGGGGUCGUUGGAAUUUGGUUUCUCAGCAGGCCAAAGCGCUGGUUUCAGACAUGUUACACGUGGCACCUCAGAGACGUCCCACAGCCACACAACUGGUCAAUCAUCCUUGGCUUAAUGCCAAGUCUUUCGUGGUUAAUCAGCACGUCCCGACGUCUUACCAUCAUCACCAUCACAAUCAUCAGGUGCCGGGGGCGGUCGUCGGGACGUCACAGGUCACCAAAAUGGCCCUGCAUAACAACAAUCAGACGGAAAAGGUGCAUCUGAAGGAAACCGUGGCUGCCACGUUCAGGGCCAUCGCUGUGUCUCCACAGGCAGCACAUUUGGGGCCCGUGGCCAUGUCUGAACUGGCCAGGAGGCGAUUGGAAAAAGCCAUGGCCCAAAGACAGUGCUCCAAAGCCACAUAAUCAUAGGUUCAAGAAGCCGUUCAUGUGGUUGUGGUCAAUUUGGAGUUGAACAGUACAAUAGAAAUACUGUCUCAAUUUUAUUUCGUUUCUGUCUUUCCCUCUCUGUAAUCCAAAGGUUUCAGCAUGUAAAAAAGCAGUUUUGAUAUACAUUCUUCAUGGUAAAAUAUACAGCCAGCUGGUUGAUUGUGGAAUACCAGAGUCUGUCUUAUGGAGUACGUGUGGUCCAUUCCAGUACGGUGGACUGGGAAGACCGCAGUUGCCAUGUUUUUGUUCCUUAUUGUAGUUUAAAUAGCGCAUAUCAACAUGAGCUGAUCUAUUUUCGUACCGCUACAAACUAAACAAAUGUGUACAAAAAUUGAAGAAAAACGCAAAAAAAAAAGUUGUUGAAAA